UUGGUGAACCACCAUCAACCAAACCAGUAGUAUAGUGAGAAAAAAAACCGUCCUUUCUUAGGUACUAGAACAUUACCCUCAUGAAGAAGUCUCCUCCCUCUCCUCCUCUUCCACCAUCUCGUUCCUCUUCCUCUUCACCAUCCAACUAUGCACCCCUUUCUUCUCCUAAUAUGAUCCCUGUUAACAAGAGCAAGAAGUCGAAGCCAAAACACAAGAAAGCUAAGAACUCAGAUACAGCCCAUGUGGAAAGUAGUAGGAGAAGAAGCUCUAUCUACAGAGGAGUCACAAGGCACCGAGGGUCCGGGAGGUAUGAAGCUCACCUGUGGGACAAGAACUGGCAGCACCCGGUCCAGAACAAGAGAGGCAAGCAAGUUUACUUGGGAGCCUUUGAUGAUGAGUUGGACGCAGCCCGAGCUCAUGACCUGGCUGCCCUUAAGCUCUGGGGUCCGGGGACAAUUUUAAACUUUCCUGUGGAAAUGUACAGAGAAGAGUACAUGGAGAUGCAAACCAUGUCAUAUGAAGAGGUGCUGGCGUGUCUUAGGCGCAGGAGCAACGGCUUUGCCAGGGGUAUCUCUAAGUACCGUGGGGUGGCCAGGCAUCACAAAAACGGCCGGUGGGAGGCCAGGCUUGGCCAGGUCUUCGGCUGCAAGUACAUCUACUUGGGAACAUACGCAACUGAAGAGGAGGCUGCCCAGGCUUAUGAUUUAGCUGCUUUGGAACACAAAGGGCCAAACAUAGUGACCAACUUUGCUAGCAGUAUCUACAUGGAUUGCCCACGGCCAUGCAUGCAGCUACCUGCGAAGCCUCCGAUGGAGUCAGCACAAGAAAACCCUGGGGUUGUGCAGAUGGAAGCAACCGAGUCCAUCGAUCAGACCGUGCCAUAUGACGACAUGCUGGAGAUCUCGUGGACCUUCGGCAUGGACCAUGACUUCAAUGAAUAUCCUCCUCUUGAUGUCGCAAUGGAGGGUGACCUGCAUGACAUCUUUAACAGUCUCGACUUCGAGGAGAACAUUGAGCAGUUCUUUGAAGGGUUCGAGACCUUUGGAAGCAAUGAGAGCAGAGGUGAUGGUUCCAGUGCAAGCGAGGGUGCCUAGGAGAGGAGAGUUGUUUGAAGGUGGAGGACAUGCAUGGCAUCUCAAGUGAACUCGGUCUCCUGCCCCACUCAAAGUAGUGUCUGCUUUCAGAAAUCUUGUUUCUCUGUGGGUCUGUCUUUGUGUUUGAGGGUGUAUUGGUGGGGUUGGUUUGAGUCAGGAGUCUGGUACUUCUGUUGAAUCUGUCAUAGGGAAUGCUCAGUUCUAGUUCUAGUUUUAGUUUUUUUUUUUUUUCAGUCGGGAGUUUGGUACUUUUGUUGAAUGUUGUGGUGUGCUUCUUUUUAAGUUUUUGUUCUUGCUUUUGGAGUCCGUCGUGUUUAUGUUUUGAUGUAAUGGGGAAUGUUGGCAGACAACUUAAUAUAUGGUAAUCUCAUUCUCCCAUUAAA